UCUUUUGAUCGAUCGUUUUAGCCUACAGUUUGGAUCUUACUCUUCAUCUUUUCCGCCUUCUGCAUUCAAGCAACUGUAUUCUUCGGUGCCAAAUUUGUUCUUUUUUUUCGAGAAAGACGUCAGGUGAUCAUCGUGCUCUUUUUUAAAUGUUUGAAAGCCCUUGAAGAUUGAUGUGUAAAAUGGCUAAAGACCAACAGAUCGGUGUAUUGUGGAAGUUGCUGUUUGGUACCGCAACCUGUUUGUCCUUGGCCUUGCCUGUUUUGUCGGAUUCGUCCAAGCUGACGAAAACAUCUUGUCCAGGCGAGUUCAGCCUGCAAAGCACCUCGCCGAGGUCCUAUAAGUGUGACAUGGUGCGACUACCCAAUGGCACCAUGUUGCAGACUGUCCCCAAACUCUUCUCUCCCCCUGCUGUCAUCGCUGGAAAAAUACCUGGCCAACAUAUAAUAUGCAGAAUCCCGGAGUCAAGAGAAUUAUCGACUACGGACGCAACAACCAAGCCCACUACGAGCCCAACAACCACGAUAUUCGACACAACGACAUAUGAAGAAACCCCCACCUCGACCACACCUGCAUGCCAGGAAGAUCCUAAAGGAGUGAACUACAGAGGAAACUUAUCUCAGACAAUCACCAAUCUAACUUGCCAAGCAUGGACCUCGCAGGAUCCCCAUCAACACGAUUGGACUCCAGCUAAGUAUCCUAACGCGGGACUAGAUGAAAACUAUUGCAGAAACCCCGAUAUGGGAUUCACUGCUUGGUGUUUCACCACCAAUCCUGGGAAAGAAUGGGAGUAUUGUGCUGUAGGUUCCCUUGACCCGAUAUGCCAAGUCACACCUGUAUGCCCGGAAGAUCCCAGUGGAGUGAACUACAGAGGAAACUUAUCUCAGACAAUCGACGGUCGUACUUGUCAAGCGUGGACCUCGCAGGAUCCCCAUGAACACGCUGAGACUCCAGCUGAUUUUCCUAAUGCGGGUCUAGACGAAAACUAUUGCAGAAACCCCAAUGGAGCUGACACUGCUUGGUGUUACACCACCAAUCCUGGGAUAAGAUGGGGGUAUUGUGCUGUAGGUUCCCUUGACCCCAGAUGCCAAGAAGGAACUCCGAUUCCAACUACUAUGAGCGUACCCACAACAGCGAUACACGUACACUCGGAUCCAGUCGCAUCUCAAACCCUUGCUGGUAAACAUUGAUUUUGUCUUUAUUGUUGUUGUUGUUGUUGUUGUGUGUUUACUUGCAAUUUUGCUUUUAAGAGGGGGCAAAUCUCUAGAUACGUGUUUAGAUGGUUAUCAUGCUCUCAUUUUCACUUUAUACAUUUGUCAGUACAACAUCUUACCUGCAUAUACUCGAAGAAGACAUCACGUGAUUGGUUUAUUAACCUCAUAAACUAAAUAACUCAAAGCACAGAAGAAAUGUGUUGGUUUCUCAAAGUAAUCAACAGUAGGCCUUGACUUCUUUUAAUAAAGAUAUUACUCGAAGACAAACAUGUUAUAAAAUCGCCAAGUUCACUGCCAUCAAUACAAAUAUAAUUGAAUCAACUACAUGACGUUGAAAAGGUCUAAAUAUGCCAUUCUUCAGAUAUACAGAAAACAUAAGAGCAACUGUGGGCGCCCUAUAAUAAUGACGCCUUUACGAAGAAAAAAAAAGUUGCGAUUCACAGUUUUACCCCAGCUCUGAUGAAGUCUCCCAAAUGUUAUUAUGUUGUAGCUGAGACUUUACUCUACACUGAUAUUAUUGUACUAUGAUUCCAUUUUUGAUCAGAAGAGAGGAUCAUGGUCAUAAUUCCGAUGGUGAAGACUGCUAAGUCUAUCUGCCAUUAUGGUUUCUACUUGUACGUGUUAUAUGAAUGGACGGUGGGGUUUAUUUUCUUGUAAGUCCCAUAUUCUCAUUGACUCUGUUUUAUUAGAUGAUUGGCCGCGAAGUGUAGUAAGUCUCCUAAUUAGCUUGUACAUAGGUUUUGGAUGUGAAUGAGCAUCCAAAGAAUUUGAGUAGUGUGUUAAUGCCGAUUAACUUUAGUGUUCAUACACAUAUAUCGCCGGUAUAUUGUUGUUAAACAUAAUAAUGAAUUGAUGGGUUUUAUACAUAAGUGUGUACCAUUUCAAUAUUUUACUUUUACACUUCAGAAGGUAUAGAAUAGGUAGAACAAUAUAAUUAUGUUUAUGUUAUGAAUGAACACCUCGUGAAAUAGUAGUGUGAAGUGGAUACCCAUCUUACAACUAGAGUGAGAACAAGCCUGUAGCCAGUUGCAAAGACUUACUGAAGCGAAGUUUAAACACGGCACCCAAUUUGUAUAUAAAUGUGAACAGGACCUUUGUUCUAAGAGAGUGUGACGCCUCUGACUGAUAACCUACAAAUUAAUAGUCUCGUAGUCUAGCAAGUAGUCUCUCUCCAUCGCCAGUGAUAGUAGUCUUGUUAGGCGCAGACCCAUUCAGAAGAUGUAUUUUGCUAUGUCAUAGAAUAGUGAAGUUUAAAGUGAAUUCUAAUCUGAAAAUUAACGAUUGCGACACACAUUUAAUGAUUUUGAUUACAUUGUAUUAUAUUGUAUUUUGUAACCGUCAUGCUACACUAGAGCAACUGGCUUAGUAAUAUUAGUCAUUUUGGAGAAAGCGACUUGAGUGGUCUGAUUUGUAGCACAAUUGAGGUUUAGUUUCAGCAAGAUGUUUUUAUUCAAAUAAUUGGUAUAGAGACCAUGGACUUACUAGUUCAUGGAGAGACGUUGCUUUUUAGCUAACGCAGUGAAACAAGAGCACAGAGAGCACUUUCUUGCAUCAAGGAAAUAAUUUUGUUCGGGUUUUACUCCAGCUAUAGAGUUUAUUUUGGAGUUUAAAGGGAACCUAGAGCAAGGGAUUAUUGCUUUCACUAACUUCUUACUGUCAUUUUAGUGGACAUUUAUACUCAUAUUUGUUUUUUUUAUAAAUGUUAAGUCUAUUUUCAGAUGAUUCAUAAAACCAUUACAUGUAUCUAAUUGUCUCUUGGUUUUGCUUAGAGAACAUGAAACUGUUAUAGUACAAUAUACAUGUAGUUUUAUCUUAACUUAUUAUGUUUUGCGGAUGCACAAGUAAUUUGGAAUUGCUUGGUUAUUGAACGUAAAGAGUAUACAUAGCAGGAUAUAUUCCAUGAUAAACCCUUACAUGGAAAGAUAAUUAAGUGCAUCAUAUAUUGACAUAAAUUGCAACGCAUAUUUUCAGAGAUGUGAUACUUAACUACUAAUUGAAUUUGUUGGAACUGCAAUUAAACAAUAUAUUACCUGUGAUACACUUAGUGAUUAUUUGAGUUACGUGUUAUUGUUGAAGCCAGGAAUCGUUAGUUGGAAUUAACUAAAAUUGUAUUUCAUCGUAUUAUAUGAACAUUAGUUUGAGCUGUUUAUCAACUUAGAGAUUAGAUUAGGCUUUUAUAUUAGAUAAGAUCUAGCUCAUGCAGAUAGAUAGGAUCUAGCUUCAUCGCUUAUAAAACUGAAGCAUGAAAAUGUGUUAACCAUCGUCAUGUGUGUAUUGAUUACUUGUAAUUAUUGCGAUGAAAUUAAAAGUAAUAAAAGUCAUUC